CCAUGCACGAAAAAAAGCGAAGAGCCCGCACGGGCUGUCUAACAUGCAGAGCUCGCCGCGUCAAAUGCGACGAACAGCUUCCAAUAUGCAAACGCUGUGCCGCUGCUAACACAGAAUGCGCUGGUUAUGAACAGCGACGUGUCAUUGUUUGUGUCAAUUCUCCUAGCAACGGGCAAGAUAUAAAUCCUGCACCAGCGAGGACGCCUCAUCAAGACCCAAGUCCGUACAGUACUGUUUAUAUGAGCGAUACAGCACCGUCUCAUCUAUCACAUGACCGGAAGCCACUCAUCUCGUUUCCUUCCAGCCCGCGCCCGAGCCAAAACGCUGGCCCUGGAGCAAGGCACGUACUCGGUUACCACCAAGCACUCCUGAGGACAGUGCCUAUACUGUUCCCCACUAAUCAUCUUCAUUUCUGGAGGGAUGGACUUUUCCAGGAAGCUUGGGGCUGCGAAUAUCUUUACUUGACUCUUGUGGCUCUUGGCAACAUACACCGGGCAGCUCUGAUGUGUGACGAACGCGAGAAAGCCAAUGGGCUUGAUAUGAAGAUCACUGCUGUUCAGUUAUAUGUCCAGGCACUCGAAGAUUUAGAGUUUCAUUUGGAAGAAGCGAAACAGACACCUACCCUGCUUGUUGCGACUCUUUGCUUGAUGGCUUACUUCGAGGCCUUGAGUGGGAAUAUACCUGCCUUUAUCGGCCGUGUACAAUCUGCACAUCAUUACUUCGCGGCCUAUCUAUCAAAAUAUAGUAGUAUGUGUGGUCUCGAAAACCCCCACAAAGAGGCUCUGGAUCCUUUGCAAGAUUGCUUUAGAUGUCUCGGGCAAACCUGUUAUGUGGCCCUGCCUUUAAACCGGAUACAUAUUAUCAUUGAGCAGUACAUGGCUACUUCCCAACCAGGUCAUCGCGAGCAGGAUUACAGAGCGUUUACUGUUGGCGAAGCACUCCAACGCCUUGUCGGUAUCAUCUCAGAAGACCAACAAGUCAAACAACUUGUCUGGAGUCCCAUUGCCACUUACGCUCGAGACACACCCAUUGAUGCCAUUCGUAAUGUAGAGAGAAAACUCAGAGAGUGGAAAGAUUGCCACCUACAUCUCAUUCCAGAAUUGGACACGGAUACCGCGCUCAACACUCUGCUCGUCUACAAAUGGCAAAGCACUCCCAUGCCACCGCCACCCUAUACAAUUACUACCCGGCACUCAUCCGUUGCAGCCGUACAUUUCAAUUUCUACGUUGCCCGCAUGAAAUUUGCUUUAUCAUCUCUUGGGGAAGACCCAGAGAACAAUCAAUCAACAGCGAACUUCUAUUUCUAUGAAGCCCUCCGCCACGCUGCAUCCCACAUUUCACGUUUUUCCGUAGCGAGUGGGAUCGAAGACCCCUAUAUCCCGUGUGAGUCACUCAAUAUCGGCGUAUUAUCUGUGCUCCACAUUAUCGGUCUCUGCAGCCCUCAGCCGUCCUGGCUAGAGUGGAUCAAGAACUCGUGCGACAUGAUAAAACAAGAAGGCGUAAUCAAGGGUCACACAUUUGCUACGAAUCUGGCUUGCCUACAUGCAUUUGAGGAAAGCAGGCACGGAGCCUCCCUUUCGAUCGCAGAUCGAUACCCCACACCUGCAGAACGUAUCAUCUGUCAACUUGUUCCCGAGACGGAUGGACGUCACUUUAUAUCUUAUUUUGCAGCCCCUGCGGGGAAUCUUGGUACACAUCACGAAGGACUGAGCACGUAUCACGUGAUAGGACAUGCUCGGUGGGCAUGCGGCGGUGAUGAAUCUCCCUGUACGCCGUUUAUCAAAAUGUAUGGCGAGGAAGACGUCCUCUUAGCACCAUUCUCGACAGAUUGGCUGUACAGCACUCAGGCCGUGCGGGAUUGGACGUUAUGGUCUCAAGAGAAAGAAUUUAGAAUGAACCGUGCCCUCCAAGAUCAUAUUAGCGGAACGAGGCUACUGUUGGCUGCUGGUGAAACCACACAACGCACCGAUUUGCUCACCCGUUGA